CACAAGUGUACACCACUAGUAUAAUAGAUCUUUUAUGUUCAAAAAGAGCCAUUCCAAUUACCCCAAUAUUGAGCUUGUUAAUCCAAUCCAACUAAAGAGGUGCAAAGUGUACUAGUAGUACUCGUACUACUACUACGAGUAGUAUUAUUUUCGGACCAAACAUUUUCAGUCUAACUGAAUGCACGUUCAGUCAUCAUGAGAUUCCAAAUUAAAAGAGAGGACUUUAAGCGCCUGCCGUGUCUUUCGUUUCAAUACAAACUGAAAACAUUUUGUUGGAACGAAAAAAUCACGGAAUGGGUACAAUUACGUACUACGCGCCUAACAGCAAUUUUCGAAGGCCGAUGGCAUUGCUCGAGUGAUUGAGAUAGGACGAUGGCAUCUUCCGUAUUUAGUGAUUUCGAUCGGUACGAUGGGGCCAACGCCGAUCGGGAUCGAGGGGGUCUUUCAGCGAUCGGCUUGGAGCAAACCAGUGGCAAAAUCCAUGGAGAAAGACCAGCAAAACCGAGAAGGGGGGACACGGGGGGAACAGGAACCUCAAAAUACAACUACAACUUCACUCCCAAAUUCCAGCAUUCCGUCAAAAAUAAUCCGAUGUGUGGCAUCUGUUUCCCCCAGUGGAUAUCGAUACUGACGCGGCGGCGCAAUCAGAUCGAAUGGACCGUAUAUUGGCCCCGGAUCUUCUUCAUCUCUUUCAUGUCCGUUUUGAACUCGGCCAUGGGACUCCUGGACCACCUGAUUUACGGCAGAAAAGUCGAAGCCGCCGUGAUCCACCCUAGGCCGGUCUUUAUUCUAGGUCACCCGCGGACGGGAACGACGCUGGUGCACAGCCUGCUGGCACUGGACUCGGAACAGUUUUGCUACUGCUCGACGUUUUGCGCUGGUUUCCCGUCCUGCUUUCUGUGGUUCGAAUCGAUUGGGAAGGUUUUGUUCAGGGGCGUGAUCGACGACAUGCGCCCGAUGGACAACGUGAGGCUCGAUUUCGAUCUGCCCCAGGAAGACGAGCUCGCCACCAACGUCAUGUCCGCGGGAAUUAGUCCCUAUAUGCCGCUGUUUUUCAUGAAGCAGGAACCCGAGUUUCGGCCGUUCUAUGCCUUCGACGACGCGAGCGAAACCGACGCAGCCAGCAGCAGCAGCGACGAACGACUCGAAGACAGUGCCAUGGCCGAGGUCCGCAAGGCCUGGAUCGAUUCCUUCUUGUACCUGCUUCGGAAAUUGACGGUUCGCGACGAACUCCAAAGACCAUUGAAAAAGAGCAACAACAACGAUGCGACAAACAAACGGGGAUCGGAUUCCUCUGCCCACCGAAGCGGCGGCCGCCGCCUCAUUCUCAAGAGCCCCGUGCACACAGCGCGCAUCGCCCUCCUGAACCAGCUCUUUCCGGAGGCACAGUAUAUAUAUAUCCACAGAAAUCCAUACGACGUCUUCCGGUCCGCGGCACACAUGGCCGACACGACGUAUUGGUACACCUACAUGAACACCCCCUCAAACGACCAGAUCACGGAGUUUAUCUUGCGGCAGUACGAGAUCCUGUACGAUCGGUACGAACAGGGGCGGACGCAAUUGCUCCUUGGAGAGGCCUCUCCCGCUGCUCCGUCUCACGGGGGCGAAGCAACGGGGUUGUCACCGAAACCGCAGCGACUGGUCGAAAUAUCUUACGACGAACUAUCGCAGCGACCGAUCGAAACGGCGCAGAGGAUCUACCGGGAGCUCGGAUGGGACCUGACGCCGGGCUACCGGCAGCGACUGGAAGAGGAACUCGCUGGUCACGAAUUCAAAUCCUACAAGAGAAACAGCCACAAGGUGCUGGAUCCGUCCCUCAAAGAAAUCAUCAACGAACGAUGGGGUCCCUCCUUCGAGAGGUUUGGUUACAUCAAAGAAUGAAGGAUCUUGCAACCGCCGCAAGCCCGCACGAAUUAUUGGGUGGCAGCAAAGUAUCGCGUGUUGUAGAGAUGAUCCAUAGAAGUAACCGUGCAACAAAAUGUCCAUCAAGACUUUUCUUUCUUGGAAAUAUUGGCAACAACAAGGGGGAGCGACAUAAUACUUUGCAAAGCAAUAGUGAUUUAGAUAGAUAACUA